AUAGCAAGCUAAUUGUGAUGAGUGUGGUAUUGUAUGUCUGUCCAAAUCAAUUCUGCGAAAUUGGUUUGUAUCAAAUGAUUCAUUGAAUCGACUCCGAAUUCAACUCCAGUGCCUGGAAACGGAGAAACUGGACUUGUUUUUGGAUCACUGUAAUUGUCUGGCUUUACGGUAAACGUUGCUAUGGGAGACGUGGUGGUUUCUUGGUUCACAUGGACGCUUUUUUACCCUGUUUGACUGUAAUCAGUUCGGAUCAGAGUGACCAUCCUGUCUCAAAACUAGCACCACAUUAACUCUGAAUACGAGGUGAAGCCAAUGAUGUCUCCAUGACACUUUACAUCAUGUUUACACCCACCCGGAUUACUCCUAGAUAAAUUUGGACCUAAUCAAACAUCAAAAGUCAGUGGGUGAGCAAAAUGUGCUCACGAUUCUGUAAUCAGAAAGAGAUUGUUUGAAUCUGAACAAGGAUAAACUGAGGGAAAGCUCCUUCAUCUGUGGUUUUCACCUUCCCUCAAAUCUACUGAGAAUUUUUAGACAUGUUGGUCUGCACUGUUUGAGUUUUGAGGCUCAUUUCUGCUCUCAUGUUAUACCUGAGAGAAGCAGAACUACACUUGUCUACAAGGUAAAGUGAGGCAACACUGAACUAAGAGAUGCUCCAGACCAAUAACUACUCGCUGGUGCUGCUGAUCCAGCUUUCUCUUCUGGCCUUUGACCUGUUUGUCAACUCGUUCAGCGAACUGCUGAGGGCAGCUCCAGUCAUUCAGCUCGUGCUGUUCAUAAUCCAGGACAUUGCCAUCUUGUUCAAUGUUAUCAUCAUCCUGCUGAUGAUGUUUAACACGUACGUGUUCCAGGUGGGACUCCUGUCUUUGCUGCUGGAGAGGUUUAGAGCUCUGCUUAUUCUGUCUGCAGUCUACCUCACACUCAGCAUCUGCCUCCACUGCUGGCUCAUGUUUUACAGUGUGAUGCAGUGUUCCAUUCCAUCCUGCCUCACACCCAGUGUUCCUGGCAUAGGCUCUGAAGGCUCCACAGCAACCUUGAAAAGAAUAAGACAAAAUCUGAGGUGGAUGGAUUCGAAUCGUUUCGUCUGGACGGACGGCUUGCAGGUGCUCUUUGUGUUCCAGAGACUAGCUGCAGUUUUGUAUUACUACUUGUACAAACGCAGCACCGAGUACCUCGGAGAUCCGAGACUGUACGAAGACUGUGCCUGGCUGCGGGAUGCUUUUGCUCGAGCUCGGCUAUGAUCUACAUCAAGAUCCGGACAGAGAUGGCAGACUGGUUUGCAGUCUGGAACACUGGCAGAGUUAAGCAAAACAAAGCUGCUGUACCAGUACAUUACCAGAACUAAGAGACUCCUAUGCAGAGCACAAGUAGACCCACUUACAGAGCAUCUUCUUGCUGGAUUAUUUAACAUCUGUCUAAACUGUUCAAACAAGAACACACCAAACAAUGAUAAUAUACACAUUUUUAAAUGCAUAUAAUAUAUAUAUUUUAAAACAUAAUGAAUACCACAGAUUACA